CGUCCGACAGUCUGUGAAGGCAGCAUCAGCUCAGACAGGCAGAAGUGACUCCGCGGCGGAGACUCUCAGAAACAUCCGCAGAAGACCCCAGAAACCGGCUGAUAACGGGCAGGAUUGAACUCUAAACUCACUCUGGAACAUCUGAAGUCUUCCCCCGAGUGACACUGGAAGGAUUUAGUGCCAGGAAUAAGCGUGUAGAGGCGGGGGAAGAGGAGGGAGAGGAGUCGCUGCUUCGGACCGGAGCCGGUGCCACGGUCCUGCGCUCUGCUCAGCCCGGCGGCCAUGUUCAGCGCCAGAAAGACCUGGGACCUCGGCCACGCCCCCUGCCUGGAGCUCUGGAAGAAAGAUAUCUCAUUGGACGCGAGCUCUCUGGACUUCCUGAUGAGUGAUGGUGAAGACGACGCCUCCUUCCUGUCUCUGCCCAGCCUCUCUCACCGCCCCUCUCUGAGCGCAGAGCUGAGCGAAACAAGCGCCCCCAGCCAGCAGCUGCUCAUACAGACUCUACAGGACAAAGUGUGUGAGUUUCAGGCUCGUCUUCGCUCUGAGGAAGUGUCUCGUCACCUCCUGCUCCAGCAGCUGCAGCAGCAGAGCGGUCAGGAGAAGACGAGCAUUCGAGAGCCGCCGGAGGAGCGGCCGCAACCGCCGCAACCGCCGCAACCCCUGCCCAACGGUGUGAGGGUGUUGCCGCCUGGUGAAAAACCGUCAGAUUGUUCCAGAAGUCCAGAAGAAGAGCAGCUCGUUACGCGGCUGCAAAGAAAGGUUCGUCUGCCGGUCGGAUCGAACUCUGACUCUCCUCCAGUGAGAGAGAAUAUGUCCUAUAGCCACAGAGGAACUAAGGCUCUUCAAGUGGAGGUGGAGGAGCUGGAGGAGAAGCUGGUGGAUCAGACGCAGGAGGUGGAGAGACUUCGCUCUGAGCUGGGGGCGACGGACCUGGAGAAGCAGCUGGAGCUGCUGGUGGUCGAGAACCAGCGUCUGAAGCAGGAGCUCAACGCCUGCAGGAGCCCCCACUGCACCCACAGCCAGGAUGCGGAGUCUCUGCGCAGGGAGGUGUCCCGCUAGAGCCAGGCCCGGCAGAGGGAGCGCCGGCUGGCCGAGCUGGAGAGGGAGCUGCUGGAGAAAAGCUCCAGAGUGGAGAGCCUCCACCGGCAGCUGGAGGAAUCGACCCGGCUGCAGGAGGAGGCCGGUACGAGGCAGCAGGAGGCCGAGCAGAAGGUCUGCGUCCGGCUGCAGGAGUGUGAGGAGGAGCUCUCCAGACAGGCAGCCUCGCCCCCCAGGGUCCAGGUGGUGACGCAGACGGUGGAGGUUGAGUCUCCAGAGUCUCAGCGGGCGCUGCUGGAGCUGCAGAAGAAGAGCUUCGGGCUGCAGGAGCAGCUCGGCCUGCAGAGAGCGCUGCUGAGGGAGCUGGAGACACAGCUGCACCAAUCACAGAGGACCUGCGCCCAGCUGCGCACACAGAUCAUGGUGUACGAGGGGGAGAUGGAGCGAGCUCAGGGUCAGCUGGAGGUGGAGAUGCAGAAUCUGGAGGAGGAGAAGAACCGGGUCAUCGAGGAGGCGUUCGUCCGGGCGGAGAGCGAGAUGAAGGCGGUGCACGAGAACCUGGCCGGGGUCCGGAUGAACCUGCUGAGUCUGCAUCCGGCCCUGAGGACCCUCACCUCGGACUACAACUGUCUGAAGAGGCAGGUGCAGGAGUUCCCCUUCAUGCUGGAGAAGGCCAUCAGCGAGGCCAAGCAGGAGAUCUGUCAGGUGAUCAGCGAUGUGAGCAGAACCAACGAGGAGCUGCUGCGGAAAUACAAGCGAGAAAUGAACCUGAGGAAGAAGUGCCACAACGAGCUCGUGCGCCUCAAAGGCAACAUCCGCGUGUUCUGCCGCGUGCGUCCGGUCAGCCAGGAGGAGCAGGACUCGGCCGACUCGAAGACGAUGCUGAGCUUCGACUCCGAGGAUGACGCCGUGCUCUACCUCUGCAACAAGGGCAAGACCAUGACCUUCGACCUGGACAAGGUGUUCGCCCCGCGCGCCACGCAGGAGGAGGUGUUCCAGGAGGUCCAAUCUCUGGUCACUUCCUGCAUCGACGGCUUCAACGUCUGCAUCUUCGCCUACGGGCAGACGGGCUCGGGGAAGACGUUCACCAUGGAGGGAGCGUUGGAUAACCCGGGCAUCAACCAGCGCGCUCUCCGCCUGCUGUUCUCCGAGGUGACGGACAAACUGGACUGGGACUACAAGAUCUCCGUCAGCAUGGUGGAGAUCUACAACGAGAUGCUGCGGAACCUUCUGGGGCAAAACCCCUCCGAUAAGUUGGACAUUAAGUUGAACCCUGACGGCAGCGGACAGCUUUAUGUCCCCGGCCUCACCGAGUUCACCGUCCAGAGCCCGGAGGACAUCAACCGGGUGUUUGAGCUGGGUCACAUGAACAGAGCGACGGCCUGCACUAACCUGAACGAGCACAGCUCUCGUUCCCACGCUCUGCUCAUCAUCACCGUGACAGGAUUCAACGUCGCUACUGGGAACCGCACUCAAGGAAAGCUGAACCUGGUGGACCUGGCGGGCUCGGAGCGGAUCGGGAAGUCAGGCGCUGAAGGCAGCCGCCUGCGAGAGGCGCAGUGCAUCAACAAGUCACUGUCGGCGCUCGGUGACGUCAUCAACGCUCUGCGGGGGAAACACUCCCACGUCCCCUUCAGGAACUCCCGCCUCACCUACCUGCUGCAGGACUCUCUGAACGGGGACAGCAAGACCCUGAUGAUGGUGCAGGUGUCUCCGCUGCCCGGGAACGCGAGCGAGUCUGUCUGCUCGCUGAAGUUUGCUCAGCGCGUCCGCAGCGUGGAGUUCAGCGCCUCGUCUUCUUCCUCCAGGAAACACGAGAACUCGUCCACCUCUUCCUCGCCAACGCACGACAGCGCCGAGCUGGACUCCCCCCCGGUGACCCCCGUCCCUCUCCCCAUCUCUCGGGCGAGCAGCGCUGGGUCCUCCCUCUCUUUCUCCUCCAGCUCCAGAACGCCCAGCUCCAGGAGGAGGUCCCAGUCCCAGCUGUCUGCAGACAGGCAGGUAGACAGAGCCAGCCCAUUGGUGGGGGACGGUGGGCAGGACGACUGAAGAUGACGGCGUGAGGAACCCGGCGGCGGUGCUUGUUGACGCUCGGUUCUCCGUGAUUUCCCCCCUUCAGCCACGGGAGGAAGGAGCAAAGACUGCUGGGAAGUUUACGGAUUAACCUCAACAUGGCCGACAGUCUUCGUGUCUUCUUGCCGCGUUGAUGAACUUCUCAAAGCUCCCGCGCUCCUCCCGUCUGGACUGAUUCUCUGAUAUUCCCCGACAGUAUACGCUUUCCAAUCACAGUAUUUCUUUUAUCGUUUCGUUGUAAAGUUGCACUUUAAACUUUGAGAUUAUUUUCUAGCCCACAGUUCCAGAUGUGGUUUAUAAUAUAUGCAUAAUAUGGUUAUUUAUGUUUUGACUCGCUUUAAUCUUGUUUUAUUUAGGGAUUUUUUAACCCCUCUUUGAUUGCAGAUGCGGAGCCCGUGAAAAGAGGUUAAUUUAAACAUUUUGAGAUGAAAACUCUGACUUGUAUCUGAGAUUUCUUUUAUCUCAGGAUAUAUAAAUGAACCUUGUUUCAACACGUAUUAAUCGUCUUCUGUUUUCUAACGAAGGCUGUCUUUGGGUCCUUUAUCCAAUCAGGAUGCUCCACUCGUUUUUAUUUUUCAUGCUAACGAGACUUCCUAAAGCUUGCCGAACAAAAAGUAAAAUCUUGACUUUGUUUCUCGUUACGCUCCUGCUGCCGUCACCUCUGUUAGAAACCAACUGUAGGAACCCCAGGUGACCUUUGACCUUUGGACAGGUGUGCAGCUGGUAGUUAGCCGUAGUGAACAGGAAAUGCUUGAAGGCGCUGAACUGCUUCUGUGUCGUUGUUCUGAUGGACAUGUCUGCUUGCUUUGUCUCUACAUCUCCACACUGUUGUUUUUGUAUUCCCUUUUUAAAUAAACGAACAUCCAAAACAAA